AUGGAACAGCCACAGUCGAGGCUGCAAAAGAAGAGAGGAUGGAAAAGAAAGGAUUGUAAGAGGAACAACGGCAUGACCGAGAAGAGAAAUGACAAACUUUGCGAGCAAUCGUUCUGUCAAAACUUUUUAGAAGUGUUUCGAUCGGCGAGAAUGUUCAAGCGGUUCGUGUUCACAUUGGAUCAACUCCGCACUGACUAUCAUACAUUUAUGAGGUACCGCGAUUGUGGGGCUUGUUGUCAAGAACUAACUGAUGCCGCGAAGACGAUCAUAAAUCGACGCUUCUUCACAACAUUUCCCGUGCUCGGCGAAAAGGCCACACCACACGAUCGAUCAUUUCUUUUCAUUCAAACGACAUCAAGUGUGAUCAGCGAGAAUUUAGAAGAGAUCGCGCUCGACGUUGAAAGCCUGGAUUCGAAGACGAAACGAAUUCAUCUUAAACACGAGGCAUGCCAACAACAAAGUGAAUAUCGAAAUGAAGAGUCGACGAAAAAUGGAUGUAUACGUAUUGUUCCAUUUAACGUUUCUUCUAAAGAU